UAAUAGGGAAAGUCCGCUGUUUCUCUCUUUCCUAGAAACAAAACCGAAAGUAGACCAUGUGGAGUUGAUGGACAUUCCGACACGUCAGCUCUGAUCAACACUCAUGUCCAGCGCAUUACUUCCAAGACUCCUUCAUUGAAAAGACGCUUUUCACCCAGUGACAGAACAAUGGCGUUUCCUCAAAUCAUAGAUCUAAAUGUGGGAGGACGGCACCUGAGCACCCGUAUUUCAACUCUCACCAAGUACCCUGAUUCCAAGUUGGCCGAUAUGUUCAGUGGGGAAGAUGUUAUGCCAAAAGACAAAGAUGGACGGUUCUUCAUCGAUGCGGAUGGCGACGUAUUCGCUCACAUUCUCAACUUCCUGAGGUACGAGAUGCUGCCCCCUCCCGACCAGGCAGCUGCUGUACACAAAUAUGCAAACAUUUUUGGCAUUAAGCCUUUGCUUGCUAAACAUUUACAGUGGGGACCAGUCUUUGCACAGGCCUUGAGAGACAAGUGGAAACGUGGAAUAGCCGGGUAUGACGACUGCCUGAAUCAGGUGCGGGAAGGCCUGGUGGCAAGUCGGUAUCACAGUGGUGUCUUGUACAUCCAGUUCUCGGAUUCCUCUCAACACAUGUUCACUCUGUGCAAGGUGGCUGGUAUUCCUGAGGGACAUCAGGUCAUCAACGUCAAAUACUCCUCCUCUACAAUGGAUGGGACCAAUCUUGUCCAUUUCCUCAAUGAGGAUCUGAAGCGUAUCGGUGUUCACCUUCAGCCGGGGGACUUCCGACCAGAACCAAAGUGUGGUUGUCGCGUGGCUUUUCGGUACAUGAUAAAACUUGAGUAACUGAUGUACCCAUAAUUGUCACAUUGUGUAGUUUGGUGCGAUUAAUGUAUACUUCCCAGGCGAAUAACAUACAAUCUACAGCAACCUAUGCUUGCCGUAAAAUGCGACUAUGCUUGUCGUGAGAGGCGACUAAUGGGAUCGGGUUGUCAGGCUGGCUGACUUGGUUGAAGCAUGUCAUCGUUCCCAAUUGCGUAGAUCGAUG